UUAGUACAUUGUACAAAUGAACCAAAUGUUUCCAUACCACAUUUGGCCAAUUUAUUGGUGGAACGUUCACAGAAUGCCAAUUGGGUCGUCGUUUACAAAGCUCUCAUAACAACACAUCACUUGCUUGCAUAUGGAAAUGAGAGAUUCGUUCAGUAUUUAGCGUCAAGUAAUUCAUCGUUCAAUUUAAGUAACUUCCUAGAUAAAGGCGGCGUACAAGGUGCUGUUGGAGCUCGUGUUGGCUACGAUAUGUCACCAUUCAUCAGACGCUAUGCAAAGUAUCUGAAUGAAAAAUCUCUCGCUUAUCGUGCUUGCGCUUUUGACUUCUGCAAGCUUAAACGUGGUAAAGAAGAAGGUUCACUCAGAACUAUGAACACUGAUAAAUUGCUGAAAACACUCCCCGUGCUGCAACAGCAAUUGGAUUCCCUUUUGGAAUUUGAUUGCACUGCAAAUGAUUUAACAAAUGGUGUCAUUAAUAUGUGCUUCAUGCUUCUAUUUCGUGACUUGAUUCGAUUAUUCGCUUGCUACAAUGAUGCCAUCAUAAACUUGCUCGAAAAAUACUUCGACAUGAAUAAGAAGCAAUGUCGCGAUGCUUUGGAUUUGUAUAAGAAAUUCUUAACUCGUAUGGAUCGUGUUGGAGAAUUUUUGAAAGUUGCUGAGAAUAUUGGUAUCGACAAAGGUGAUAUCCCUGAUCUUACGAAAGCACCAAGUUCAUUGCUUGAAGCACUUGAACAGCAUUUAAAUACACUUGAGGGAAAGAAAGGCUCAGCAGCAAACACUCCAACCCAAACAGCGAGUAGCAAUCAGAAAAACGUAAAGAGCGGUGUUUCUGCUCUAUCUUCUACUAGCUCAUCGUUCGGUACCGCUGCAUCAUCAGCAAAAUUCGACUCGCAUAGCAAUGGAAUUGAUGAGAGUUUGAAAGCGCAAGUUUUGGCGGAAGAAGAAGCAGCAAUGAAUCAAUAUAAGUCAAAAAUUGGAUCGCCCACAAACGCCACAAAUCCCUUCCUUGCAUCACCCCCAGCGUCAUCUGGAAAUAUUGUUGAUUUGUUUGGAGCUGCAGAUCAAGGAGCUGCACCACAACAGCAAACGAAUGCACUUGACGACUUGUUACAGUUGGGUAAUCCAUUUGCUGAUAUGUUUGGUGGUGCAGGGGCACAACCACCACCACAACAACAACAACCUCCGGCAACUCAAUGGAUGAGUAAUGGCUUUAAUGGAGUUUCAACACAAAAUGCUGCUCCUCUUCAAACACAAACUUCAACUUCCGGUUUUGUAAGCGAGAGUAAUUUUUCGUCAGUAUUUGGAAAUACUGAACCUGUCGACCAUCAUUAUUACUAUCCGCAUGCAGCUGGAAAGGAAGAGAAUCCGUUUUUGACAGACGACGGUGGCUCUGCGCAGAUUGAUGCACAACAAUCGUUAAUAGCAGGUGAAAAAGCUAGAGAUGGUCAUAUUAGGGCUGCUGGUCCACCGGCCCGGCCGCCACCGCCUAAAACAAAUGACUCACCAGCACGCAACGUCUUUAAGACGCCUGUCAAGAGUGCUUUUGGUGAUUUGGACGAUUCUAUUCGUGAAGCCUUUGGGGGUUCGCCAACAAAGUCAUUUUCCUUGCAAGGUGGUGUUGCGGUCGGGUCACAGGGCCAACAACAGCCAGUAGCUGGAAUAUUUGGUAGUUCAUCACAACAACACGCAUUUGCACCAAACACUAAAAUGUUUUCGUCCCCGGUCAAAGGUGGUUCGAAUCUUGAUUCGACUGCAAACAUUGGAGGAGGAUUUGAUCCUUUGGGAGAUGUACUAAAACCGUAUGGAUCUACGGGAACGACGGUACCGUCGUCAACAGCCUCAAUUCAAGCUACACAACCACAAAUUAUUCCAGGUGCUGCUCAGCCACAACAACCCGGAAAAGUUCUUACAGGGGAUUUGGAUAGCUCACUUGCAUCACUUGCUGAAAAUUUAACCAUCAAUAAAAGUGCUUCAUCGUCGAUGAAAGGUGUACAAUGGAAUUCGCCAAAGAAUCAAGCGAAACCACAAAAUUGGUCGCCACAACCCAUGGUGACAACAACUGGAGCAAAUUAUCGUCCAAUGGCUAAAGGCAUGACUGUUGCUCCCGCACCAAGCACAAUUCACAACUUGUAUCCACACAAGAUUCCUUUAGCGUACUUUCCACAGCAAGGAAUGCCACCGCAACAGCAGAUGCGUCCGAUGAUGGCUGGUGUUCCACCAAUGUCACCUAUGCCUGGAAUGAUGCCAAUGGCUGGUCAACCAACACAACAACCGAUCCUCACACAACAUCAGAUGCCACCAACGCAACCAGCUAAUUCAAACAUUCAACUGGAUCCCUUCGGUGCAUAAGCACGUCGAUAAAUAUUAAACAGACGAUAAAAAGAAAAUCUGUUAAGUUAUUAGUGGAACUAAAAGCAAAAAAGUUCCAUUCAAAAUAUGGAAAAAGAACAUUGGAUUUAUUUAAAUAUUUCGGAAAUAAUUCAUUUCUCUUAAAUCUACGAAAAAAAAGCAAAAAAAAAUGAAACACAAAAAAAGAAUUCAAAAUAUUUAAAUCGAUUGAAAAAGUCGCAAAUGUUAAUUUUCUCUCUUCCAUCUCGCCACUUGUGAUGAUGAUUUGAUGACGAAAACUUUAAUCUUCUAUUUCUUUUCAAGUUGACAGACAAGUGGUUAUGGUUAAUGUCUGUAAAUUAAGUUACACAAUAAAUGGACGCGUGCGUUAAAACUUUCAAGACUCAAAUUUAAUUAUUCUAGAAGAAAUAAUAACUUUGUGACGUCAUUUACAAACAUUUCCAUACACAAGAAGCGAUGCAAUCUUAUAAAAUCUAAAAAUAUUUAUAGUCACAAAAGAUAAAUGAAAAAUUAUUUAUCAAGAUAAUUAGCGAAUAUCUAUGAAAUUAUCAAGAAGAGAAAUGAAGUAGUGAAACUUCUAUAUUCCUGUUAUCUAAUUGCAUAAAAGAACUCUAUUUAAACUUUUUUUUCGGCAAUCGAUGAACGAUUUUAAUUGGAAAAUCCAACUGAAGAAUAUAGAAACGUAAAUGAGAUGAACAGAAUGUAAAAGAAAAAUGUUAUGCAAUGUAGUGCAAUGGUUAGAAAUCUUUCAUGAUUGAUUCAAUAUCAAAACCCUUUUUCCUCAUAAUUUUCGUCACUGAAUCAAUAAUGAAACAUUUAAUAAUAAUAAAUAGAAAUCAAGUAAAAAUUGUACGUAUAGCCACGACAAUGCACGAAUUCAUCAUUCCAAUUAAAAGAAACUUUUUUAAUUCUCUUAUUUCAUUCUAAGUUAUCUGCAAUGUUCUUCAGUUUGAACUUGAUAAAUGAUGGAAAAGAUUUGCAGAAAAGAAAAGAAAGUUUUCAAAACUUAGAAAGAAAAACUUUUGCGAUUUUUGUUUUUUACGCGCUCGCUUUGUCAUAAAUAAUUGUGUUAUCAAAUGUAAGUUUCUCCUUAUUAUGUUCAUCAUGUUUUGAACUUUAUGAUUAAGAAAGAUAUUGUUUCUUUUUUCUUCGAUUUGUUGCCUCUUAUCAGAGAUGAACUAUGAUUAUAUCUAUACAUAAAACAUUAAAUGCAGUAUUUAAGAAUGACUUUAUAGCAAAAAAAAAACUUCAUCACUUUAAUCGUUGUAUAAAUAGAUGCUUAUUGAAUAUAAAUAAAAUGAAAGAUAAAUCUGUAUAAUUUUUUAUUUUUUUAUUCUUUGUUUUUGUAGAGUCGUCCUCGCUUUUUCUGAAAUUUUAGAGAGAAAAAAAUAUACGAACCUUCUAAUGCUACAUAAGUAAUAAACUCGACAAUAUUUAUAAACGAAUCAAUCAUUUUUAAAACGGUUUGCGUUCAUUUAUUUCUUUCUUCAAAUAUUUUUUAUGCUGUGAUUAUCUUUACCAUAAAUCUUAUUGAAAUGAAUUUUUCAUCUUCAUUGACCUUUGUCGGUUUAUUGGAGAAGUUUUGUCUGUGCAAAAAUAUUUUGAAUUUCCCUUCCACUCACUUCAAUCAUUUAAAUACUCAAUUAUAAAAUAAUAAUGAAAAAUAACUUUAUUUCACAACUAAUAGAAUGAAAUAAAAUUAAACUUGUCCAAUAAGUUCUUUGACGAAAUAAAUAAGAAAAGAAUCCUUAUGAAAAUAUGAAAAAAAUUGAAAUUGUGUAAUAAAUAUUUGAGACAUAGAAAUAUUUAAUAUUUAUGAUGAAAAAUUAGGCACAUCUGAAGUGAAAAUAAAAAUUAAUUAUGAUACACAUUAAAACAUUGAAUAUUUACAGAGUAAAGCGUAUGUAAGUGUUGCUUAUGAUUAUGACACAAAAGAAGAUCAGUUUUAAAUAAAAAAAAAUAAAUAAUUUAA